UGUGCGGGGGCGACUGACUGUGCGGACCCCGUCGUUCCGAGCGACUUAGCCCUGCCUCUUUCCCCAUCCCCGCGCGGCCUCUGCGCUCCCCUCGCCCGAGGCGGGAGCGGUUCAGCCCCCAGGUUGUGGCAUUAAUGAUAUGCUUUCCUAAACAGAAAAGUUGAAGAUGUCUAGACACUUAGUGGCUUUGACAGUGACCGCCCUUCUUGGCGUGGCUGUCGGGGGGUUUGUCCUGUGGAAAGGUAUCUGGCACCGGAGAAGUAAAUCGAGCCGUGUGAUCCAGCGGUGGCACCAGCAGAAAGCACCAGGCAGGAGAGAGCUGCCCGCCGUGGACAAGGACGAGGUGCACUCCAGUGCCCCCAGAGCCUCGUGGGAGGAGAGGAUCCUUAAAGCAAAGGUGGUGACUGUGUCUCAGGAGGCAGAGUGGGAUCAAAUCGAGCCCUUCCUUAGGAGUGAGUUGGAAGAUUUUCCAGUACUUGGAAUUGACUGUGAGUGGGUGAAUUUGAAAGGCAAAGCCAGUCCUCUGUCACUCCUUCAAAUGGCCUCCCCAAGUGGCUUCUGUGUCUUGGUUCGCUUGCCCAAGAUGAUCUGUGGAGGAAAACCACUACCAAAAACGUUGUUGGACAUUUUGGCAGAUGGCACUAUUUUAAAAGUUGGGGUUGGAUGUUCAGAAGAUGCCAGCAAGCUCCUGCAGGAUUAUGGCCUCAUUGUUAAGGGGUGCCUGGACCUCCGAUACCUAGCUGUGAGGCAGAGAAAGAAUUUGCUCUGUAAUGGGCUUAGCCUGAAAUCACUCUCUGAGACUAUUUUGAACUUUCCCCUUGACAAGUCCCUUCUACUUCGGUGCAGCAACUGGAAUGCCGAGAACCUUACUGAGGACCAGGUAAUUUAUGCUGCCAGGGAUGCCCAGAUUUCAGUGGCUCUCUUUCUCCAUCUUCUUGGAUACCCUUUCUCUAGGAAUUCAGCUCUAGAAGAAAAAAAUGACUGUGUUGGCUGGAGAAAAGUCCUGGAGAAAUGCCAGGAUGUGGUAGACAUCCCAUUCCGAAGCAAAGGAAUUAGCAGACUGGGGGAAGAGGUUAAUGGGGAAGCGACAGACUCUCAGCAGAAGCCAAGAAGUAAGAAGUCUAAUAUUGAUGGAAUGAUGCCAGGCAACCACCAAGGGAGAGACCCUAGAAAACAUAAAAGAAAGCCCCUAGGGGUGGGCUAUUCUGCCAGAAAAUCACCCCUCUAUGAUAACUGCUUUCUCCAUGCUCCUGAUGGACAGCCCCUCUGCACUUGUGACCGAAGGAAAGCUCAGUGGUACCUGGACAAAGGCAUUGGAGAGCUGGUGAGUGAAGAGCCUUUUGUGGUCAGGCUACAGUUUGAACCUGCAGGAAGACCUGACUCCCCAGGAGACUACUACUUGAUGGUUAAGGAGAACCUGUGUGUAGUGUGUGGCAAGAAAGACUCCUAUAUUCGGAAGAAUGUGAUUCCACAUGAGUACCGGAAGCACUUCCCCAUUGAGAUGAAAGACCACAACUCCCACGAUGUGCUGCUGCUCUGCACCUCCUGCCAUGCCAUCUCCAACUACUACGACAACCAUUUGAAGCAGCAGCUGGCCAAGGAGUUCCAGGCCCCCAUUGGCUCUGAGGAGGGCUUGCGCCUGCUGGAAGAUCCUGAGCGCCGGCAGGUUCGCUCUGGGGCCAGGGCCCUGCUCAGUGCAGAGAGCCUACCUGCUCAUCGAAAGGAGGAGCUGCUGCAAGCACUCAGAGAGUUUUAUAAUACAGACACGGUCACGGAUGAGAUGCUUCAAGAGGCUGCCAGCCUGGAGACCAGGAUUUCCAAUGAAAAUUACAUUCCUCAUGGGCUGAAGGUGGUGCAGCGCCACAGCCAGGGCGGGCUGUGCUCCCUCAUGCAGCUGGAGAGCCGCUGGCGUCAGCACUUCCUGGACUCCAUGCAGCCCAGGUACCUGCCCCAGCAGUGGUCAGUGGACCACAACCAUCAGAAGCUGCUCCGGAAGUAUGGUGAAGACCUUCCCAUCCAGCUGUCAUGAUAACUGCUUCCCUCCCAGGUUAGGACAGCUGGGAAGCUGAGCCAGGGUUGAAAAGUAGCCCUUUCCUGUGUUAAUACAUCUUUACUUGUCACAGCCUAGCGAUACAACUCAGAAUACUAACCCCUGCUGGUCUCACGGUGCUUCUGGUGGUGCAGGCUGUCGUUUUCAGGGGAGCUGAUGGCUGAAUUUUAAUGGGGCACAGUAAGAAAUCUUUUUUUCCUCCCUCUUAUUUUUGUGGACAAGGGGGACCUUGGCCUCUGUUUUACUCUCCGUCCUCUGUUUUCCUGUGCAGACGGCAAAUGAAGGCUUCUUCCUCAAGUGGUUUGUCCAGACUCUCAGGUUUUUAAUAGAUUUCUUCCUUGUCCAGUAUAUUGGUGUAUCUCAAACAGGGGCAGCCAAGGAUUUCAGUCCUGUCAGGUUUAGAGGGGAGAAUAAGUUUUUCCAGAGGUUGGAGAGGUGAACAAGGGGUCAGAUUGAUUUUCCCAGUUCAGCCUCACCUAUUCUUUGACUUAGUGCUCUCCUACCAUUCACCUGGCUGGGAUUCAUCCCACCUGGGUCCCUUGAGUUUAUUUCACAGACUUGAGAACGCCCUCCCUUUACAUGUCCAGGACCAAAGCAGCAACUUCCUGCCGUAUGCUUCCACCCAAACGCCGGAGGGAACCUUUUUCUGGAAAUAGACCCGUUCAGCUGGGUUGGGCCGAGAGAAGCACAAGCCCCAUCUCCAAGGAACAUUGAUAGUGUACUCAGCUUUCCCUUUCAUGUUGUUUGUUGUCUGCUUGUUGCAGUCCUCUUGCCCAGGGCUGCAAGGUUUUUAGCUCAGUCGCUUUCUGAGAGCAAGAUUAUUUUCUCUCAGAAUCAGUAUUGGGACUCCUCAGGGUGCUGUGUUCCAUCCGACUGGCAAUACUGGCCUCUUUUAAACACUUCUCUGCUGGAGUCAUUUGGUCAGGUUGCAAUGAGUGGAUUUCUCCAUAUCCUCUCAUGCCUGGGACACUGAUUAGUUAAUAUGUUUAGAAGCCCCAAAUGGUGGUGUUACAUCUUUCAAAAUGUGAGGCCACCACUUUGAGCACAAAAUCAACUUAUUAAUGAUUAGUAUUUUUUCUAAAAUUAGGAAAACUUUUUACUAUACAAGAUCUUAACAAGCUUAAAAAAUGAUUUUUUUAACAAUUUUUUUUUUUUGUCCAGAAUUCAACAUGAGCUCUGUUUUGAAAUUUUGCCCAAGUUGGUGAUGGUUGCUCUAACACUGAUAAAUAAAACUACUUCUAAGCACAAAGCUCA